AUGGUGCAGCGCCUCACUUACCGGAAACGACAUAGCUAUGCCACAAAAUCCAACCAACACCGGAUCGUCAAAACUCCCGGUGGGAAGUUGGUAUAUCAGAGCACCAAGAAGAGGGCAAGUGGGCCCAAAUGCCCCGUUACUGGAAAGAGAAUUCAAGGGAUUCUUCACUUGAGACCUGCUGAAUAUAAGAGGUCCAGAUUAUCUAGGAAUAGGAGGACCGUGAACCGUGCCUAUGGUGGUGUAUUGUCUGGUGGUGCUGUGAGAGAGAGGAUUAUUCGAGCGUUCCUAGUCGAAGAGCAAAAGAUCGUGAAGAAGGUUUUGAAGAUUCAAAAGGCAAAAGAAAAGCUGGCAGGGAAGAGCUAA